CUCUUGACUGCACUGCACUGCCACCCCCGCCUCAAGUGAUCCAAAUCCUGUGCACCAACGUUGCAACGCGACCGCUCACCGCCAAGCCACAACGCCCUCUCCCAUUCCAUUCCACCCCCUCGUUGCCCAUCCCAUCGCCUAGGCCGGUUAUCCAUCCGUUCCGCACUACCGCGUCCUCCGUUCCUCAUCGCUUCUUGCUUUGCUCACACAUCGCGCCCGGGGCUGCAACCUUUUGCAACUCGACAUCCAUCCAUCGUCGUCCUUCGACCACCACGUCAACCACCUAAACGCCCAAAGCGCGCUCACGGAUUGACCGCACAACCUUUACAUCUUCUCUCGCUCUCGCCCCCUCGACAGUGUUUGACUCCUCUUCCAUCAUGGACACAACAGCACGCCAGGCAUUCCAGAUGCCCAACAACGUCUACGUCCUCCAGCAGCCCUGGUCGCUCGUCAAGGAGCUCGGACAGGGCGCAUACGGAUGCGUCUCGUCUGCCCGCCAUGCCCAGACUGGCGAGACCUGCGCCGUGAAGAAGGUCACCAAUGUCUUCACAAAGAAGAUCCUCACCAAGCGCUGCCUUCGUGAGCUCCGCCUGCUGCACCACUUCCGUGGCCACAAGAACAUCACUUGCCUGUACGACAUGGACAUUGUGUUUGACCCCCCCGGAUCCAACACGUUCAACGAGGUCUACCUGUACGAGGAGCUCAUGGAGGCCGACCUGCACGCGAUUAUCCGCUCUGGCCAGCCCCUGUCGGACGCACACUUCCAGAGCUUCAUGUACCAGACUUUCUGCGGUCUCAAGUACAUCCACUCGGCCAACGUCCUCCACCGUGACCUGAAGCCUGGAAACUUGCUCGUCAACGCCGACUGUGAGCUCAAGAUCUGUGACUUUGGCCUCGCACGUGGAUUCCAGCCUGGCGCCGUUCAGACCGAGCAGGGACAGGCCGGCUUCAUGACCGAGUACGUCGCCACUCGCUGGUACCGUGCUCCCGAGAUCAUGCUCAGCUUUGCCAACUACACCGCGAGCAUCGACAUGUGGUCCGCAGGCUGUAUCCUCGCCGAGCUCCUCGGUGGCAAGCCCAUCUUCAAAGGCGAGGACUAUGUUGACCAGCUCAACCGUAUCCUCAACCUCCUCGGCACGCCCACCGAGGACACUCUGCGCCGUGUCGGCAGCCCCAGGGCACAGGACUACAUCCGUUCGCUCCCCAUCAAGCCCCGUGUGCGCUUCCAGACGCUGUACCCCCGGGCGACGCCCCAGGCCCUCGACCUCCUCGAGAAGCUCCUGUGCUUCGACCCGGCCAAGCGUAUUGGAUGCCAGGAGGCUCUCGAGCACCCAUACCUCGCCGUGUGGCACGACCCCAUCGACGAGCCCGUCUGCGAGGUUCCGUUCGACUUCAGCUUUGAGCGCGAGGACUCCUCGUCGGGCAUGCGCGAUCUUAUCAUCGACGAGGUGCGCUCGUUCCGUCAGUUGGUGCGCCAGAACGUCACGCCAGCGCCUGCUGGGCAGCCCCACGAUCUUCCUCCUCCGCCUGCGGCCGUGAGCCAGCCCGGUGCUGGUGUCGGCCCUGCGUUCCACGACGCGCCAAACCACGGUGAGGACCACGAGGAGCACCCGAGCUCUGCGCUCGAGCGUGGGCUGGACAACGUGCCUCCUUACCAGCGAUAAGGGCCGAGGCUGUCGGGUGCUGGGCACCGCGGUAGAAUAUCAGACGUGCGGAACGCUAGUCGAACGUUAGUCUCAAAUUAUGGUACCAGGUUGCGAUGCUACUUGUUUUUUUUUU